UCCUCUCUUAAAACAACAAAAAUAAAAUAAAUAAAAAAGUGAAGAAGUGCUGAGGGUGCAGCUCUGUAGCAAAGUGUGUCCCUGGGUUCGAGCUCCAGCACUGCAGGAAAAGGAAAGAAGGGAGGGAGGGAGGGAGGAAAGGACUGAGAACAGGGCUGGGGCGGCCGUGUGCCACAGGCUUGCCUAGCAUGUAUAAGGCCCUGGGUUCAAGUCCCAACACCGCCCUCACCACGAAACACCUUCACUUUCAGCCCAGCUCUUGCUUUGCCCAGUGACCCUGAGGAAGCCCAGCGCAGUGCCCGGGCUGCAGCUGCGCCCCGCAGGCUGGCUCUGGUCCCCAGACGCCUCUGUUGACAGACAGCUGCGGGUCCUGCUCCUCCACACUCACCUCUCUAGGCACAGCCAACCCGAACUCCUGGCACCUGCCUGCGCCUUCCCCAAACGCACCCUCUGGGGGUGAGGGGCAAAGUACCCACAGAGCCCACUUCAUUGGAAGGGAAGCUGGGGUCCGCCGCAGGGAAGGAGUUUGGCAGUUGUGAGACAAGAGAAAUAGAAAGUCAAGGGGUGGGGUCAGGGAAUGAAAACUAAAUUAAAAAAAACUUUUUUGGAAGAGUUAACAAUAAUCACUCUCGCGGCUAGUUCUGCAGCCCAGAGGGAUUGCAGGAGCUCACAGACGCUGUGGGCUGGGGUCUCUGGGGCCUGGGGCAGCUUCCACCCCGCUGAACAGCCCCAGACGCCCCCUCUAGGCUGGGUGACCGAGAGGGGGACGGAAGGAAGGCUGGUACCAGGGUCACCCAGAGCAGGACAGGAGGAAGGCCCAGUACCAGGCGGCCACCGCUCCACUGCUCCAGGGGUGGGGACGGCGAGCCCUGCUCAUCCCCGUGGUGUGUGGCCCUUUUGUGUAGAAGCCUGGCAGGGUGACGGGGGCUGUUGCAACUGGCACAGCUGCGACAGUGGCUGGGUGGAGGCAGGGCCCAAGCAGCGGUGCCCUCCCAGAUCCUCCCUUCAGCGUUCUUGGGAGGCAGGGGCCAUGCAGCCUGAGGGCCUCUGCUCGGCCUGACCCCUCGUGGGGCUCCGGCCCAGGAACGACAGAGAUGCCUGGUUUAUCAAGCGCCUCGCUGUCCAGGGGCCUGCUUGCCCUCUUCCUGGCCCAGCUGUCAUCCAGUUAUGCAGGGCAGUUCAGGGUGCUGGGGCCGGGACAGCCCCUCCGGGCCCUGGUUGGGGACGCAGUGGAGCUGCCCUGUCGCAUCUCUCCGGGGAGAAACGCCUCAGGCAUGGAGGUGGGGUGGUACCGGCCCCCGUUCUCCAGGGUGGUCCACCUGUACCGCCACGGCAGGGACCAGGACACGGAGCAGGCCCCCGAGUACCGGGGCCGGACCGAGCUGCUGAAGGAGGCCAUCGGGGAGGGGAGGGUGACCCUCAGGAUCCGGAACGUCAGGUUCGCAGACGAGGGCGGCUUCACCUGCUUCUUCCGGGAUCAUUCCUACCAAGAGGAGGCAGCAAUGGAGUUGAGAGUGGAAGAUCCUUUCUACUGGGUCAGCCCUGGAGUGCUGGUCCUCAUCGCCGUGCUGCCCGUGCUCCUCCUGCAGAUCUCCGUGGGCCUCGUCUACCUCUGGCUACAGCACAGACUGAGAGGGAAACUUCGAGCAGAAAUAGAGAAUCUGCACCGGACUUUUGAUCCCCACUUUCUGAGGGUGCCCUGCUGGAAGGUCAGCCUGUUUGUAAUCGUGCCGGUUCUCGGGCCUUUGGUCGCCUUGAUCAUCUGCUACAACUGGCUACACCGAAGAUUAGCAGGUGCAGUGUCCGGGUGGGGCCAGGCCGAGAGGGGCAGACAGAGGGCCGGUGGCCGGGGCCCUCCCUGCUCCAGGGCUCCCUCCUCCCCUCGGCCCCAGCCCUGCCCAGGCUCCCAGGGCCACUGAGAAGAACCCCUCGCUCGAGGGGGUCCUGCUCCAGGGGGCCCCCCACAGGGAGGUACGAGGGAGGCGGGAAGGCCCGCAUCGCCCACUGAUCACCUGUGUUUCUUUGUUUGCAGGGCAGUUUCUUGAGGAGCUAAGUAAGUUCUCUCUUACAAGCUAAGAUGGAAAAGCCAAGGCAGAUUGAAGCAAUAGGGGUGGGGGCGCCGAGGGCUCCCAGUCCCAGCAGAAGGGCUGGAGAGUGCGGGAGAGGGGAGGACCCCUGCAUCCGACACCCCCUGCGCACCGCAGAACCCAGUCGCCAGCCUCCUUCCCAUCCACAGCCCCUGCCUGCGCGCCACCCCCAAGAGACCCGCCGGGGCAGGCAGAGGUGACCCCAGAGGGCUCGGCAGUCCGAGCUCCGCGGUUUGAAAGCCGAGACCACUGCCGGCUUCUUAAGCUCCUCUCUCCUUCUAGGGAACCCUUUCUGAGGCAGGCUGCGUCUCCAAGCGCCUGGUCCUGGGGUCCUCGCCCGUCGAGCUGCACUGGUCCUCUCUGCGAAGGACACUUAGGGCUCUGCACGUGCACGAACACCGGGAGCUCCACAUGGGGCCGCCGUCCUGUCCGCCGCCUGCUUUCCCUUCCUCCCUCCGGUGCCCUGCUCCGGGCCCCUCCGCCCGAGGCAGGCGGGCGCUCUUCCCCCUCGGAGGACACUGGUCCUGGAGGGUGGCACCGGCCGCAGGGGCCCUGCUCGCGCACCCCAGCGCAGAACUGCGAACGCUGGCUGUUUCUCCGAGCCUACCCGGCUGGGCAGAGCUGAGGAGCAGCGGGCGGGCGGCCAAGCACAGGGACCCAAGUACCGGAGGAAGCGGAGAACUGCGGAGCUUGGCUGUGGCGAGCGCCAACCCACCCCUGCGGCGGGAGGGACCCCAGGGCACUAGCCGGGGCCCCAUCGGCCCAGGGAGCCCAGGGAGCCCGGCCCGCACCCCGGCCUCACCCUCCCUCCCACCUUUGUGCUUAUCGGGGCGUCCACUUUCACCCAAGUUACUACUUGACGGCCUGCCAGACACACAGCGGCGGCUAGGUGCUAAUCAAUAACAACGCGACUUUCCGAGUGCGCGC